AUGUCCACGUUCUUUGAUGAAAUGCAAAUGUCAUUUGCCGACGUGAAAAUCACCGAUGGCACCAAGAUCGACACCUCAGAUUUCUUGCAAGCGUCAGAAUCACUUGUCAAAUUGUUUGAUUUGCUAGGAUCGACUGCUUUCGUUGUUGUCCAAAAUGAUAUGAAUGGUAAUAUUGCCAAGAUUCGUAAAAAGUUAUUAGAUGACCCGGCCAAUGCAUCCACUUUGCAAGAUUUGAUCCUUACUGAGUCAAAAACCAAAACCAAAACUGCGACUCAAGGUUUAUUAUGGUUAUCACGAGGUUUACAAUUUACAGCUCAAGCAAUGAGAGAAACCGUUGAUCAACCAACUAAGGAGUUGACUACUACUUUUACUGAUGCUUAUGGUAAAACAUUGUCGAAAUAUCAUGGUAUGUUUGUUAAACCAGUUUUCAAAUUAGCCAUGCAAGCGUGUCCUUACAGAAAAGAUUUCUUUGCCAAAUUGGGUGCUGAUCAAGCCAAAGUUGCUGAACAAUUGAAAGUCUGGUUGGAAGCUUUGGAGAACAUUGUCAAGAUUAUCUUCGACUUCUUUGUCUCGGGUAAUUAUGGCAAGGGAUUGUGA